AGCACUUCGGGCCGAUGGGAAAGCCACGAGCAAGAGGAGACCCAAGAGGCGAAGCGAGCCCCCGCUUUCCUUUCUCCGCUGAGAGCAGGAAGAGAGAAUGGCGGGCGACCGGAAGAUCGGGGUGGCGCUGGACUUCUCCAGCAGCAGCAAGCGGGCGCUCCAGUGGGCCAUCGACAACCUCCUCGACCCGGGCGAGACCCUCAUCGUCCUCCACGUCGUGCGCCCUAAGUCGUUCUUCCAUGGCGCCGGCUCCAAGCACUCCUCCGAUGCUCGUCCUUUGAUUCCUCUGACGGAGCGCCGGGAGCUGGAUUUGUUGAAGAGCUACGAUCUGGAUGUCGAUACGGACGUCCAUGACAUGCUCGAAGCCGCUUCCAAACAAAAGGAGGCGAAGAUCGUGAUGAAGUUAUACAUGGGGGACGCUAGGGAGAAGCUGUGCGAAGCGGCGCAAGAGCUGAAGCUGGACUCGCUGGUCAUGGGUUGCAGAGGUCUUACCCAGAUUCAGAGGAUAUUUCUGGGCAGUGUAUCGAACUAUGUACUGUCAAAUGUAUCGUGCCCUGUCACUGUCAUCAAAGAUACAAACUUCAAGCGCAGAUAGAUCUGCUGUCCUAAUGAUUCAUACAGAGGCAUUAGGAUUCAAGAGAAUACAGACUUCGUGAUGAGACAACGGAUCAGGUUAUGUAAAAUUCAAGCAUGAGCUUGGACAUGUUUUUACUUUUAAUAACACUUGUAAGCAAGUGCCACUUUUGGAGAUCGAAAAUGGUUGAGAAUAAAUUUAAAACAGUGUGAGUUGGAUUGGA